ACGAUAGAAGGUCCUAUUUUAGAAAGCCAGAAAGUGACACUGGACACUCCUGGAGACCUUCAACCCAAUGAACCACAAUCGCCAGGUACACAAGCAGAGGAUAAUGCAUCAGAUCAAUCCAAGACCGCAAGCAACCCAGGCGAGCAGGGAAAAGGUGUGGAAGAAACCCCAGAUGCUGAAUUGCAGCGUCCAUCCGGUGAAGAUGCCCAACCUAAGAAUCCAGCUGAGGUCCCUAUCAAUGGAAAUCCUCUUGUCCGGAACCCAGAGAAUCCAGCUGAGUUCCCUAUCAAUGGAAAUCCUCUUGUCGGGAACCCAGAGAAUCCAGCUGAGGUCCCUAUCAAUGGAAAUCCUCUUGUCGGGAACCCAGGGAAUCAAGCUGAGGUCCCUGUCAAUGAAGUUCCUGUCGUGAAACUAGGGAAUCAAGCUGAGGUCCCUGUCAAUGAAAUUCCUGUCGGGAACCCAGGGAAUCAAGCUGAGGUCCCUGUCAAUGAAACUCCUGUCGGGAACCCAGGGAAUCAAGCUGAGGUCCCUAUCAAUGAAACUCCUGUCGAGAACCCAGGGAAUCAAGCUGAGGUCCCUGUCAAUGAAAUUCCUGUCGGGAACCCAGGGAAUCAAGCUGAGGUCCCUGUCAAUGAAAUUCCUGUCGGGAACCCAGGGAAUCAAGCUGAGGUCCCUAUCAAUGAAACUCCUGUCGGGAACCCAGGGAAUCAAGCUGAGGUCCCUAUCAAUGAAGUUCCUGUCGGGAACCGAGGGAAUCCAGCUGAGGUCCCUGUCAAUGAAGUUCCUGUCGUGAACCUAGGGAAUCAAGCUGAGGUCCCUGUCAAUGAAAUUCCUGUCGGGAACCCAGGGAAUCAAGCUGAGGUCCCUGUCAAUGAAAUUCCUGUCGGGAACCCAGGGAAUCCAGUUGAGGUCCCUAUCAAUGAAAAUCCUGUCGUGAACCCAGGGAAUCCAGCUGGGAGCCCUAUCAAUGAAAAUCCUGACGUGAACCUAGGGAAUCCAGUUGGGGGCCCUAUCAAUGAAGUUCCUGUCUUGAACCCAGGGAAUCCAGCUGCUAAUUGGAACCGAGAAGAAGAUGGUUCAGAGCAGCCACAAGCUCAAGUUCCGGAUAAAGCAUAUAGAAUUCCGAUCAAAUCUAAAGCAGUUCCCUUGAAGCCUGUAAGGAUAGCCGACCAUCCAGCUUGCAUCGCGGACGUUCAACAUAUUUGCCCUCGGAACAUGGAGAAAGGAAAUAAUUUUGCCGUUCUGGACUGUUUACAAAUGGCAGACAGUGAUAUAUCAGCAGAUUGUAACCACUUUCUGUGGAAUUACAAGAAGAAUUUGACCACUGAUUAUCGCUUUGAUAAUGCUGCCGCUGAAGUAUGCAGAGAGGACUUGGCAAAGCUCCAAGAUUGCAGCCGCCUUGACAAAGGUAAAGGUCUGGUUCUCCCGUGCCUCCUCGAUCACGUAGAGGACAUCAGCAUCGACCAGUGCACCCAGUACCUCAACUGGAUGAAGCAGAUCAUCUUCAGUGACUACUGGCUCAUCACAGGCUUCUAUCAGACCUGCAAUGAUGACAUCGACAAGUUCAAGUGUGGCGUCGUCAACGAAGAUGGGAUAGCUGCGCUAAACAAGCCCCGAUCACUCCGACCGUCACUUUCCCAAGGUGGCACCAUCCAUUGCCUGGAGAAGAACAUCCAAUCCCUGGACAAGGCCUGCAAGCUUCAGAUCUUUCGCGUGGCGGAGCUCUCUUCAAACGAUUACCAUGAGGACAGGCCCCUCUUCUUCGCCUGCAAGGAAGAUCGGGAGAGGCUCUGCGCCAACUCACACGCCGGUCAGGGCAACAUCUACAAGUGCCUCAAGGAACACAAGUUCAGUCCGGAGAUGAGCAUGGAUUGUAAAGAGAAGCUUACUACCCGGCAGAAGGUUGUUGCCCUGGAUUACAAGGUGAACUUCAGGCUGCAGCAUCGGUGCAAGAAGGAGAUACAGACCACUGGAUGUCAGGAAACAACAGCCAAAACCAAGGAGGUCAAAUUGGCUGAAAUUUUGAUAUGCUUGGAAAUUGCUGGCAGAGCAGGAAACAAAAUCAGCGGAGAAUGCCAGGCUGAGCUGACAGACACCCGCAAGGAGAUCAUGUCCGACUAUAUGAUCACCCCUGGGCUCGUCAAGGCCUGCUCCAGUGAGAUUGAUGUCCAGUGCAAGGGGUUGAGACGAGAGGGAAAGACCAUCCACUGCCUCAUGGCGCUGGCUAAGAAGGGAGGUAUAUCAGCUGAAUGCAAGAAGGGGCUGUCUACCCUUGUGGAAGCUUUUGCUGGAUCAGACUACAGAAUAGACCCUGCUCUUCGCAAUGCUUGUAAGGAGUCCAGAGCCCUUCUCUGCCCCAAGGAAGACGAUGCUGAAACUCUGUCUUGUUUAAUGGAAAAUAUUGAAGAUAACCAGAUGAUGGAUAACUGUGCUGAAAAGCUUUUGGAAACACAAUAUUUCAUCUCCAGAAAUUACAGGCUAGACCCUCUUCUCUUUAAAAACUGUGAAUCGGAUGCCAGCAUAUUUUGCUGGGAGGAGAAGUGGAAUGGAAAGGAGGAGACCCCCAGCGGACUUGUAUUCUCCUGUCUCCAUCGUCAUCUCCAUGACCACUCCCAACCACUUCAAUCCCGUUGUGCUGACCAAGUCCACCGUGUUCUCCGUCAGAGGGCUGUGAGCGUGCACCUCAACCCAAGGAUAGAAGAGAACUGCCGGGUCGAUCUGGGCGCGCACUGUAACGACAAGACCAAGAUAGGAGAGGAAUUGAGGUGCCUUCAAGAUCACAUGGAUGAUCUGGGACAGAAGUGCAGGCAAGCCAUGGGCAACUUCACUGUGGAAGAAGCAGAAGAUGUGCAGAUGAAUAGGAAGCUCAUCGCAGCAUGCGCUCCAAUGCUCAGGAAGUUCUGCCAGGAUAAGUUGAAAGCUAAGAGGGUUGAUGAAGGAGAAGCUUUGAAAUGUUUGAUAGAACACAAGAAUGAUGAUGAGAUGGAGGCAAAAUGCCAGGCCAGCAUUGAACAUUUUCAACUUAUUCAGUUGAAAGAUUACCGAUUCACUUUCAAAUUCAAGGAAAGCUGUCACAAAGAUGUUCUUAAACUCUGCAAAGGAAGCCGAGAUAAGCCCUCUAUCAUCAAUUGCCUGACCUUAGCUGUGCGUGAUAGUGUCUUACAACAAAAGGAACCACCUGUAGAUCCAGAGUGCCGCUCGCAACUUAAGUUUGAGUUACUUCAGAGGAAUGAAAACAUCAAGUUGGAUCCCGAGCUCAUGAAAGCGUGUGACGCGGAAGUCACCAAGCUUUGCCCCACGGUGACCCAGGGCAAUGCCAGGGUGAUGGAGUGCCUACGGUCCCACCAGGAAGAACUGGGCAAUGACUGCCACGUCAAGGUCUUCAACAGGGAGAAAGAGAUGGCUGCCAAACCUGACAUUGAUUAUGCCCUCAUGCAUUCCUGCAAGAAAACCAUCAAGACCAAGUGUAAAGACGUAGACCCUGAUAAAUUGAUUGACUGUCUGAAAGAGCGCAAAGAUGAUCCUGGUACAGGACCAAGAUGCAGGAUGGUUCUGAACAAGCGGCAGAUAGAGCGCAACUCUAAUAUCAUGCUCAAUCCUCUGCUGCGCAAGGCCUGCAAGAUGGACAUUCCAAGGUUCUGCAAAGACGUGGAGAUUGAGAUGAAGAAUAACCCCACUGCCAUGGAGGGAAAGAUGAUCGGCUGCCUUAGAUUGCAGUUCUCCAAGAGACAAGCUACGUUAAGUCCAGCCUGUGACAAGCAUAUGGGUGGAUUGUUGAAGGAAGGUGCAGAGGAUUACCGGCUGGACCGCAACUUGGUCAAGUACUGCUCCCAUACCAUCAAAGAAAAAUGUUCCGAGGAGAUGGAUAACCCUGGAACUGGUAGAGUGGAGGAGUGCCUCAAGGCUCAUCUUAGUGAAAUCAAGGAUGAAAAAUGCCAACAGCAACUGGUAAAUCUUUUCCUUGAGGGCCUAGCCGAUAUCCAUAUUGAUCCUCUGCUCUACAAGGCUUGUGCUUUAGACAUCAAACAUUACUGUGCAGGCAUCCCACAAGGACAGGGCCAACAGAUUUCCUGUGUACUGGAGGCUUUAGAUGAGGAAGCAGUACAUUUACAACCUGAUUGCAAGAGGAUGAUGUUGGAAAGAAGAGAAAUGUGGGAAUAUGCUGCACAGUUGGUACCAGGCCUAAGUUUCCGGUUUUUCCCGGUUUUUGCGGGACAAUCCCGUACUCUGGGACAUCCUGCAUCCUUCAAUUUCCAUUAUUUUUGUUUAUUCUUUUUAUUCUUUUUAAUUUGUUUAUAUUUUUUGAAAAAGAAAUCUGAUCUUAAGCAUUAAAAAUUCUUAAUGCCUACAUGCCUGAAAGUGCCGAAACCCAUGAGCUUUCAGGGGCCUCAGGCAUUACAUUUCUUUGAUCUAUACAACCAGAUCAGAAAUUAACGACAUGGUGGCUUUAAUAGCCGGCACUAUGUGACAGCUACUUAAGCCUUAAAGGUAAUACAAAGUUUUGGGAAAUUUUGAAAAUUGGGUGGAAAGUGAAUCUU